AUGGUGCUGUAUUUGAUUGGGUUAGGCCUCGCCGACGAGCGCGACAUCACGCUCAAGGGUCUCGAGGCCGUGCGGUCCUGCAGCAAGGUAUACCUCGAGAGCUACACGAGCAUCCUGCACGUCGACGAUGCGGUAGCGCGGAUGGAAGCCCUGUAUGGCCGCCCCAUUACGCUCGCUCACCGCGAGACGGUCGAGCUGGAGGCGGACGACAUUCUCACGGCCGCCUCGACUGGCCACGUCGCCUUUCUCGUCGUGGGCGAUCCCCUGUCCGCUACGACGCACUCGGACCUCAUUAUCCGCGCUCGUACAUUCCGGACGCCUGUGCCUGUGCGCAUCAUCCACAAUGCCAGUAUCACUACGGCGCUCGGCUCUAGCGGCCUCGCAGGCUACAAUUUCGGGCAGACCGUAAGUAUCCCGUUCUGGACCGAGGACUGGAAGCCCGACAGCUGGCUCUUCCGCAUCGGCGAGAACAGCCACAUUGGGCUGCACACGCUGUGUCUGAGUGACAUCAAAGUGCGCGAGCAGAGCAUCGAGGACAUGAGUCGCGGCGUGCUCCGAUACCAGCCGCCGCGGUACAUGCUGAUCCCCCAGCUGAUCUCGCAGCUACUCGCUGCCGCGCAGACGCACCGCGUUGACUACCUCGAUCCUGACAAGACCCUGGCCAUCGCGCUGUGCCGCAUGGGCGCCGACGACGCGCCGCAUCGUCGCGGCGAAAAAAUCGUGGCCGGCACACUCGCCGAGCUUUUGCAGUGCACGGAGCCCGAUGCGGCGCAGCAGGCGCAGUAUGAAAAAGACGACGCGCAGUACGAGGAAGAGAACCCGAUGGCGAGCGAAAAAGACAUGGAGGCACGCCGCGAGGCACGCUUCGUGCAGCGCGCCCUCGACUAUUGGGGCGAGCCGUUGCACUCGCUCAUCCUCGUCGGACGACGACUGCAUCCCAUGGAGGUAGAGUACGGCCGCGCACUUGCCCUGCCCGGCAGCCGGUGGGCCGACGUGGCGCAGCAAGUGUACGGAGCUCACUAA